CUUCUGAACACUUCUGUGGUACAAAGACGACACUGAAAAUGUCUCCAAACACUGUUUGCGAAGUUCCUCCGUCUUUUUCUCCAAGGCUUACUGUUGCCAAGAGAAAAGAGGCUCUCGAACUCAGAAAGACAAUGAAACCACUGAUGGAAAAGAGAAGGCGCGCCCGAAUCAACGACAGUUUGAACCAACUGAAAAGUCUCAUCCUUCCACUCACAGGCAGAGAUAAAAGUCGCUAUUCCAAGCUGGAGAAAGCCGACAUCCUUGAAAUGACUGUGAGGUUCCUCAGUGAUAUUCCUCCUGUUAAGAGCAAAAUCCCGGCAAACAGUUACAGAGAAGGUUACCAAACCUGCCUCCAACGCGUCUCCGCUCUGCUUCCCAAAACUAACUUGGAUCAAGAAGCGUGCCAGCGGGUCAACGACUUUGUCAGGAAGUCUGUAUCUGUGACCGUCACCCCAACUUGCCUGAACUGCUGCGCCCAGAGCUCCACGAACUUCCCCCAGAUCCAUCAAAAACUCCUGAGCCUCAAAUCCAGCUUUAGCGCCAGACUGGACAGCGGCGCAACGUCUUCCAGCCGAGCGCAGCCAGGAGCACAGCCUGUUUACGCAGCUGUGUGGAGACCGUGGUAGAUUACUGCAAUUUGAGAAGCUGACUCUCUGAGAAGCAGUGAAAUUACUGUAAUAUAUUUAGGACAGUAUCAUUUGUAAAUACAUGCAAUGAGUAACUGCGUUGUUUCCACUGAUGAAAAUCCAAAGGUCAUCGUUAAAUCGUAUUGUUUGAGUAUUAUAUACUUUUUACGGCGCGAGUCUGUUGUCCGGUAGAAGUUGACAAUUUUAGACAGUCGUGUUUUUUUUUAAAUCCGCAUGUAUGUAUACGUUAACUAUUUAGUCCUUUUGCUGGACUAAGUGAUUAAGGGCCAUUAAAACUGCCCUGUAAGACCCAAAGGGUCACUGUAUGUAUGGAUUUGCACAAAAAACUUUAGUGUCUUGAGUCUGUGCAGAUGAACUGUGUAGACAUAAAAUGUCUGA